AUGAAUAAUUCAGCUAUACAAACAUUGGAAGCGGCUGCUCAGAUGUUGAUGGCACCUCCCAACGUGGUGUCACCAGAGCAGCGUCAUCAAGCAGAAAGUGUAUUUAUGGAAUUUCGAAGUACUAAAAACCCUUAUGAACUCUGUAGAGAAAUAUUAGAAAAAUCAAGUUCAGAUUAUGUGCUGUUUGAAGCAGCUGGUUUACUUAAAGUAGCACUUGUUAGAGAGUGGAACUUGUUGACAAAAGGUGAUAUCUCGUCUCUAAGAGAGUAUUUACUCAAUUAUUUACUGAGAACAGACACACCAGGGUUCUUGAGGGAAAAGCUUUUACAGACAAUUGCAAUCAUAGUAAAAAGAGGAAGCAUUGAGGAUGGCAGGGAAAGAAAAGCUUUGCUCGGUGAAUUAGAGAAAAUAAUACUUAGCUCACCCAUCAGCCAACAAAAGUUGGCAUGCUCAUUGAUACUGGCUAUUAUGCAAGAGUAUGCAAUAACAGUAAAGUCGGCUGACGUAGGUUUAAUAUGGGAAGUUCAUUUUCGACUGAAGAAGUCUUUUGAAGCAUUAGAUUUGAAACGAAUAUUUAGAUUUACUGUAGGUGUAUUGGAACAGAUAAUUCGCUCCGGCCAUCGUCCAGAAGGGGAACAAGCAUUAUUGACGAAACAACUGUUGACUAUUGUGGAAAUGGUACUCUGUUGGAGUCAUGUCUCUCCACUCCUGUCCAAAAGGUUGAUCGGUGCUUUUGAAGCCAUUUAUGAAAGUGACAUGGCACCUGCUUUACGUUUAAGCUUGAAUUGGAGGGACACCAUAAUGCAACCAGAACUGUUGGCAUUAUUCUUUGAGAUUCACAUGUAUGUUAGAUCUAAUCCAGAUUUGGCUGGUCCCUCCCUGACUUGUUUGGUGCAACUAGCAAGUCUAAGUGGUGGAGUUGUUUCUAAUCCCAGCCCAAAACAACAGUACUUGGAGAACUAUGUAAAUGGUUUCCUGAAUAUGAUGAUGUAUAUACAGCCCAUUGAAAGAGAAAUGCUUGGAAUUUCCGAUAUAUACAGGAGGCUGAUUGAGUUUUUUUCUGCACCAAUGAUAGCUCGAACACCGCCUGCUUUUUUGCAAAAUUUGACAUCAUUAACAUGUCACUGUAUUAGAGCAUCGGUUAUGGAAGAACUUGUUAACAGCGAUGAGACAGUAUAUAGAGAAUCAUUGAACAAGUUUCUUCACAGUUGGAGUAGUCUAGUUCACGAAACCAAUGGUUAUUCCAAUGACACAUUGUUGAAUCCAUGUAUAGAAAUAUUCAACACUUACUUACAAUGUAGACUCGCUCCACCGGAUGGUACAAGGGGUUCAGAGCACAGUGAUGAGGAUAUUAAAGAUGAAUUAGAGGAAGACGAGCGUAAACUGCACAGUAAUAUACUACUCACAAUAGGUGCGAUCGCAAGAAAGGCACCUGCACACUGUUCCCAUGUACUCUUUACGUUGCUCCGAGAUAGAAGUAAAAGGUUAGAGAGCCAACUACAUUUGAUGCAUUUGGGGAAACUGCCGGUUAGCGGUGGCGAACAACUAGUAAGCCUGUUUGAAGAUUUGCAUUGGAUUUUAAUGAUCACUGGUCAUUUCCUCGCCAUAGACUGCACGGAAGGUGAAAUCGUCAUGAUUCCUUCUGAGAUCAUCCAAUACAGUAUGAGGGAAGAUGCUGAUGUUGACGCCUCACUCAGAUUCCUGCUGACCUCGCUCCCCAUCGAGGAUUUCAACAUGGUGAUUACGGCUUUACGAGUAGGACUGACGGCGGUAUCGUGCGACGUGUCCACUCUGUGUUGCGACACUAUCGUCGGCCUGUCCAACAAGGUGCGACGGCUGGGCGACGACAACCCGUACGCGCUGUCCCUGCUGACGCUCGCCGAGCUGCUCCUGAUGCUCAUCAUCAAAAUGGAAAUCCCGCCCGACUCCAUUCCCGCGGCCGGCGCGGCGAUCUACUCGCUGACGUGCGUGAAGCCGGCGCUGCUGGAGGGCCUGGCGCGGCAGCUCAUCGAGGCCUUCGCGGCCAACGACCCCGCCAACGUGCCGCGCCUGGAGGAGGCCUUUGGGGUGCUCACCAACGGCGUCCUGUUCGACGGCCUCAGGCCGCACCGGCUUCGCUUCCAAGACAACUUCGAUAAGUUCCUGGCUAGCGUGCACGGCUUCCUUUUUGUUAAAUAA